CUUUGGACUGGGCGGUGCCAUGGCGCUGUUAGCCGCUCACGCCUCCCUCGGCAGCGACCCCUUCGUCAUGCCACCAGACCGCCGCCGUCUAUCGAACGAUCAGCUGCGGUUUGAGGCACGCACCAACAGUGACCACUUAGCCACACUGAAUGUUUAUCAGAUUCGGAAUAUCCUUAUCGGUCUUGACUUUCCCGAGUCGGCUCUCUCCGACAAACCGAUCAAUUUCAACACUAACUGUUGCCCAGAGCAUGCCUAUAUUGGGGCCCUACUGACUUCCGGACUCUACCCAAACAUUGCGUAUCAUUCUGAGGGCAGACGACUCUUCACUGCUGAAGGAAAGUUUGCGCUGGUUCACAAGGCCUCUGUCAACUGUCGGAAGAAUGCAACUUUUGUCUUCCCCUUGUUCACCUUCACAGAAAAGGCAAGUCCGAUCAGACAUCCCAACUCUACGGUCUUUGUGCCCUCCGCUGGCUUCAUACGGACACAAGCGGUUAGUUGCAAAACUCUCAUGAUGAUUUCGCCCGUUCAAGUGCUUCUUUUUGGUUGUCGCCGUGCUGUCUGGCGUUUAAAGGGAGCCAGCGACGAGGAAGGCUUCAUUCUUCUUGACGACUGGAUGCCCUUCAAGAUGCGCUACGCCACAGCUGCACGUCUGUUUGCUCUUAGACCGGCUCUGGAAGCUCUCCUCGUUCGUGUUUGCCUGAGGCCCCAGCUUCUAGAAGAGCUCACAGAGGUAGAUGCCGAGUUAGUUGAAGUCACCAAAGAGCUCUGUACUUUGGCCGUCUAUAAGGGCGAGAUCGGCGAGCGCUAUCGUCACGGUCUCACUCAGCCUGGCACGUCACGUCACUUUCCCGCCGACCACCGCCACCCGCUUUUGUAUGCGCGCACUCGACGUGUUGGGCCGGAGAUGGACACGGCAACCUUUAACCGAUACGAUGUUGGCCAGUCCUCUCGUUACCAGGACAAUUACCGACAACCACCCGGCUAUUCUCGAGGUGGUAGCUGCCCCCAAUGGCCGUAUCCUCCUCGUCCCGGGCCGUACUACGCCCCACGUCAGCCCAACUACGGUUAUCAGCGACCUCAGAUGGACUAUUACCAGCCGCGUCCC